AUGUUCAGCAAGCUGAAAAUGAUUUUAUGGCCCAGUGCGGCAGUAGCUCAAACUCCAGAGCCACCGCCUCCAGCACCUACACCUGCACCAGCUCCUGCUCCUGCGCCAGCACUGGCUCCUGCUCCUCCGGCUAAGGAAGAAGAGACAGGGAAGGAAAAAGAUGAGGAGAAGAAAGAGCAGCAGAAAAAGGAAGAAGAAAAACCUGCAGCUUCUACACAUCCUGCCCCAGCCCCUGCUCCUGCACCUGCCCCCGCACCCACCCCCGCUCCUGAGGCCCCUAAACCUGAGGCUAAGCCAGCAGAUGGAGCUAAUAACACGCAGGGAGCUCCAGAGGGUGAAGAGGGGGCUCCACCUCCUCCUCCACCCAUUGUCAUCAACAGGUACUCUGAUGACCAGCUGAGAGAGGUUAUCAAGCGGUUAAGAGACAGAACAAAAUUAUACAAGGAGAAGGUGACAGACCCCUAUGCCUCCUCACCAGAGCGCAGCCCUCCAGUCACGCCUGUGUAUCGAAAGGAAGACUGGGCAAAGAAAUUGGAAGCAGACAGGAUAAAGAAGGAGGAAGCAGAGAGGAAGAAAAAGGAAGAUGAUGCCAAAAAAGCAGCAGCCAAAAAAGAAAAGGAAGAGAAAGAAAAAAAGGAGAAAGAGGAAAAACUGAAGGAGGAGCAGGCAAAGGCAGCAGCAGAAGCUGCAGAGAGAAUCUGUCCAAAAAUCAAAUGCAACUGUAUAGACAUUCUUCUGAAACCUAUAGAGGACAAGAUGGAUGAUUACUUAGGGUCCACCAUCGAUCCCUUCACCGAUCGUCGCUAUAUCAAAUGGCUCAGCGUUGUCACAGUGGCUUACAACUACAACAUAUGGUUUGCAACGGCACGCUUGUGUUUCCCCUAUCACACGCCAGCGACUGUUCCUUUUUGGAUAUUUUUUGACAUCCUUUCAGACAUAAUAAAUGUCAUCGACAUAAUUGUCUUCCAGCCACGACUACAGUUUGUCAAAGGAGGGGAUAUCAUUAAAGAUAGAGCAAUGGCAAAGCAGAAAUAUAGACAGUCAGCCAGAUUUCAGACAGACCUGAUAAGCAUCAUUCCAUUCGAUUUGCUCUCUCUUCAUUUUGGAUUUUCAUCAGUGUACCGACUAAACAGGUUCUUGAGGAUCGAGUCAUUCUUUGAGUUCAGUGAUCGACUUGAAAGCAUCAUGGCUAAGGCUUAUAUUUGGAGAGUGGCCCGCACCACUGGCUACCUCCUAUAUUGCCUGCACCUCAACUCGUGCCUAUACUAUGUAGCUUCAGCCUAUGAGGGGCUUGGCAGUACAAAAUGGACAUAUGAUGGCCAAGGAAUUGCAUAUCUACGAUGUUAUUACUUUGCCACUCGAACACUGAUCACUAUCGGAGGCCUGCCUGAGCCACACACACUCUUUGAGAUCGUAUUCCAGAUGGUAAACUUCUUCACGGGAGUCUUUGUGUUCUCCAGUUUGAUUGGACAGAUGAGAGAUGUCAUUGGAGCAGCCACUGCAGGACAGACCUAUUUCCGUGCCUCGAUGGACACGUGUGUGGCAUACAUGAACACAUACACUAUCCCCAGGAUGGUACAGAACAGAGUGCGCACCUGGUACAACUAUACCUGGGACUCCCAAGGCAUGCUGGAUGAAUCAGAGCUGUUGGACAAGAUGCCUCUGGUGAUGAGAACAGCCAUUGCUGUGGACAUUAACCUUGCCACUUUCCAGAAGAUUGAUCUAUUUAAGGGAUGUGAUAGCCAGAUGCUUGUGGACAUGUUGCUGAGGUUGAAGUCCAUUGUGUAUCUGCCUGGAGAUUUUGUGUGUAAGAAGGGAGACAUUGGAAGAGAGAUGUACAUCAUCAAGGCGGGGGAGGUGCAGGUGAUCGGUGGGCCUGACAACAAGAUUGUAUUUGUGACGCUGAAGGCUGGCUGUGUGUUUGGAGAGAUCAGUCUCUUGCAGUCAGCAAAAGAUGGAGGAAACAGAAGAACAGCUAAUGUGGCAGCACAUGGAUUCGCCAACCUCUUUGUGCUUGAUAAGAAAGACCUCAAUGACAUCCUGGUUCACUACCCAGAGUCACAGAAAGUUCUGGCAAGGAAAGGAAGGAAACUAAUGAAGGCCAAAGGUCCAGCUGCAGCCAAAGCAAAUGAAGAGAAGAAGAAAGGACUGGCAAUGUUUGGAAAUAAACCUCCCACUCCUAAACUGCUUCGUGCCUUUGGAGGCUUCGGAAAAGGAGGCUUACUGGACAAGCUGAAGGUACGUAAGGGCAGUAUACUGCAUACAUAG